AUGGCGCUGCCCCACUGGUGUCUGCUGUGGCUGCUGUUACCCCUUGCUUCAAGGACCCAGAAGCUGCCCACUCGUGAUGAGGAGCUUUUCCAGAUGCAGAUCCGAGACAAGGCAUUUUUUCAUGACUCCUCCAUCAUUCCAGAUGGAGCCGAAAUUAGCAGUUAUCUCUUCAGAGAUACACCAAAAAGAUAUUUCUUUGUGGUUGAAGAAGACAAUACCCCAUUGUCAGUCACAGUGACUCCCUGCGAUGCACCUUUGGAGUGGAAGCUGAGUCUCCAGGAGUUGCCUGAGGAGGCCAGUGGGGAAGGCUCAGGUGACUCUGAACCUCUUGAACAGCAGAAGCAACAGAUCAUUAAUGAGGAAGGCACAGAGCUGUUCUCCUACAAAGGCAAUGAUGUGGAGUAUUUCAUCUCUUCUAGCUCUCCAUCUGGCUUAUAUCAACUGGAACUUCUUUCAACAGAGAAAGACACACAUUUCAAAGUAUAUGCCACCACUACUCCAGAGUCAGAUCAGCCAUAUCCUGAAUUACCAUAUGACCCCAGAGUAGAUGUGAUUUCCCUGGGACGCACCACGGUCACUUUGGCCUGGAAACCGAGCCCCACAGCCUCUUUGCUGAAACAACCCGUCCAGUACUGUGUGGUUAUCAACAGAGAACACAACUUUAAAAGUCUCUGUGCAGUGGAUGCAAAGCUGAGUGCAGAUGAUGCUUUCAUGAUGGCCCCAAAACCUGGUCUAGAUUUCAGCCCCUUUGACUUUGCCCAUUUUGGAUUUCCUUCAGAUAAUCUGGGUAAAGAACGCAGCUACCUGGCAAAGCCUUCUCCAAAACUGGGGCGCCAUGUCUACUCAAGGCCCAAGGUUGACAUUCAGCAGAUAUGCAUAGGAAACAAGAACAUCUUCACCGUUUCUGAUCUGAAACCCGACACACAGUACUAUUUUGACAUCUUCAUAGUCAACACCAACAGCAACACGAGCACUGCUUAUGUGGGUACCUUUGCCAGGACCAAGGAAGAAGCAAAACAGAAGACUGUGGAGCUCAAAGAUGGGAAAGUGACAGAUGUAUUUGUUAAAAGAAAGGGAGCAAAGUUUCUACGGUUUGCUCCGGUAUCUUCUCACCAAAAAGUAACCAUCUUUAUUCACUCUUGCCUGGAUGCCAUCCAAAUCCAAGUGAGAAGAGACGGGAAACUUCUUCUGUCUCAGAACGUGGAAGGCAUUCGGCAGUUUCAGCUGAGAGGAAAACCUAAAGCAAAGUAUCUCAUUCGACUGAAAGGAAACAAGAAAGGAGCAUCUAUAUUGAAAAUUCUAGCCACCACCAGGCCUAGUAAGCAGUCAUUUCCCUCUCUUCCUGAAGAUACGAGAAUCAAAGCCUUCGACAAACUCCGAACCUGUUCUUCAGCCACAGUGGCCUGGCUGGGCACCCAGGAGAGGAACAAGUUCUGCAUCUACAAAAAAGAAGUAGAUGAUAACUACAACGAAGACCAGAAAAAAAGAGAGCAAAACCAAUGCCUUGGGCCAGAUACAAGGAAGAAAUCUGAAAAGGUCCUCUGUAAAUAUUUUCACAGCCAGAACCUGCAGAAAGCAGUGACUACAGAAACCAUUAAAGCUCUCCAGCCCGGAAAAUCUUACCUGUUGGAUGUUUAUGUCAUAGGACAUGGGGGACACUCAGUGAAGUAUCAGAGUAAAAUUGUGAAAACAAGGAAGUUCUGUUAGUCACCUGGUGUAGAGAUAUAUAACAUAGAACUCCAGGAAGGAUUUUAAAUCCCUUUACCUUUAGACUGACCACUCCCACAGCUGAGAGAAGUUGUGACCUGUACAAGUUGUGAGCUAUGAAAGGAAGGGUAUCAGCAUGUAUAUAUUGAUGUUUAUAAAACUUGGAGGAAACUUGUUCUAGUGUGCCCCUGUGGUACCUAGUGUGUGUCUGAUGCUGUUGAUGUCAAAGAUAGAGGACAUCUUGAAGGAAAUGCCAUCCCUUGCUUUGACCACUGCAUGAACUGCUUCUAAAUUAUUUUAUUACCUAAAAAUUUAAACUAUGCCAUUCAUUGCACACAUCCACAAAUGCAAAACAUUCCUUUCUAUAGAUGCUAGGUUAUAUAUAAAUUAUUUUAUAAAGUCUUGUUUUAAAUGUCCUUGUAUCUAUGAUUGUAAACUAUUAAAUUCUUUUCCUGCUAAAGUACAGAUCUAAUCUAAGUAUUAAUAAGUGGACAUCCCUCUAGUCAGUUAUAUUGCUGUUGUAAAUUCUUAUUUGUUGAGUAAAAUGUUUAAAUACUAUAUGUAUCUCAUGUACAAAGUUGACGUGCAUUAUAUUCAUGUACAUAAAAUUAAAGAAAUUAGAUUAUAUACUGUUCAUUUUCCCAAGCAGCUACCUUGGUGUAUUUAAUUUCUAAUCUGUCCCUAAAACUGUACCUUUUAUGUAAUUUGGCACCAAAAUCGACCUUUUUUAAUAGUUACAAGGAACUGCUAUGUCUCUGUAGUUACUAUGGUAUUAGAAACAAUUACUGAUGUGUAUAUUUUGGCAUUAAAUAGGACCCAGCAGCAGUGAGAGUUGAGAGAGCUAUAAUAGUAUUGAUUUAAAAGAGGAGGACAAGCCAAAUGGUUGUCAAAUCAUCCUUAAGAACCUGAACUAUAACACAUUUUAAGAAUUUAAGUACAAAGUUAAGAUAUUUCAAGUAUUUCCAUCUGCUAGAAUACUAGAAAAAUAAGUAUUUUAACCUCCAGCAGAAGCAACUUAGCAAAUACCAUUCAGGACUUUAGUAAUAAGUAAGAGCUACUGUCUUCUACUAGCACUGGUCUGCAGCUCUUAAAAUUUUUAUGAAUUUUUAAAAGUAAUUUUGGUGCAAAAUGCAAUUUAGGUAAGAGAUAACUGAAAUGAUCAGAAACUACAGAAAGGGUAGUGUUAAGGAGUUUAACAUAGAUUAUGAGAUGUCAUGAGAUCACUGGACCAUGAUUCAGAAAUGUCUGGAAAUUCCAAUCACUUAAAAUAAUAUAUCUUUGGAAAAAUGUAUUCCUUCUAAACAGCUCCUUUUCCCAUCUAUAAACUCAAGAAGUAAUAGAUUUGGUAAGACGACAUUGUUAGAUGCCUUCAGUCAUCAGUUGUUCUCUUUUGGAGGAAUUCUAUGACUAUAAAUUACAAAAUUCUGUGAAUACAAGUGGGGACUGGGUAAUUUGUUUAUCUCUACAUUACCCCCUGUGUGGUGCCACUACCUUUAAGAUAAGAGUGUUCAUGAGUGGCAUUCCCAUGGAGUUCAGAAUUGCUCCCACUAAAGCAGUGUAAGUGAUCCUUAGAAAAUAUGCUCUGUUCACAUUGGGGGGAAACUAUCCCCCUUAGAGCAUGUCUUCCAACUCCUCAGUAUUAAGAUAUUCAAAUGAAAUUGACCACAUCUGUGCAGGAAUGACAUCCAAAAGAAUGUUUUAAAGAUAAAGAAAACAUACCCGAUGGUCAUGUAAGCAACCACCUUAGGAGAGACUUUAAUCUUAAAUUAUAAGCGUGGUGACUUAGAAGGACAAUUAACUUUGUUAUAUGAUAUGCAUAUGUAUUAGUUUAUAGAGAAAUGUGUUAGAUGAGACUAUAAUGAAUCAGAGAGUCAUUACUGCUUCUCAAGGUGAUGGACUUAACUCUCAGAUAUUGCUUAAUGCCCAGAAAACCCUGGGAACCAGGCCAAGUCAAUUUAAUCAAGCCUUCACUUUUCAGCCAGCUGUGAUGGUGGUUUAUAAAUAGUCUGGAUAAAUCUGAGAAUUCUUUCAUGGUCCUAGUGAAAUUUGCCUUUUUAAUAACUACAGGAAAAUGAAAUACACAUUUUUGAAACCAGUAUUAUUCACAAAAAAGGAAAAUCUAUUAUAACUAAGUUCUCAUAUUUGCUGAUGUGCUUAGAUUUUAGGAGCAUUAAGGUAAAUAGGAACAAGGAAGAAAAACUUGUUAUUAAUUGACAAAAGAAAUAGAAACUAGCAAAAAGGAAAGGACAACUUUGUCUGCUACGUUAAGCUCCAGGAAAGCGAUAUGCUUAUACAGGUCAUUUACAAUCACAAAUACAGUCGCAUACAUUGAGGAAGGAGUCUUCAAGGACAUUUAGUUCACUAUCUUUACUUUUCAAGGGCAAAAGGGAAAUUAAACACCAGAAAUACAGAUUAAUAAAUUAAGAAUUUCUCAUAGACAAAAUAGCUAAGUAAUGGCAUUGUUUAGACUCCAGAAUUCUAACCAGAAUACAAAUCUCCAAUUCUUGACGUAAAAAAUCAUCUGUAGAUCAUUUUCCAAAAAGAAAUGGAUAGUUUAAUGAUUUUAAAGCAAUUUAUACUUCAAAGCCAUUUCAGAUUUCCUUAAGAAUGUAUGCAUUGCACAGUUUUAAUCCCAGCAGUCUGGAAGGCUAGGACAGGAGGAUCACAAGUUCAAACCUAGU